UGUUCGCCGCCUUUCCCACCGGCCCCAUGAGCUGCAGCGGCUCCGGCGCGGACCCCGAGGCGGCGCCGGCCUGUGCCGCCUCGGUCGCGGGUCCGGCGCCCCCGGUGUCGGCUCCCGCUGCGCUGCCCACUAGCACGACCGCGGAGAGCAAAGCCAGCCCCGCGGGGACAGCAGGGGGCCCCGGGGCUGGAGUCGCCACUGCGGGCACGGGCCCCGUGGCAGCACGGGCAGGGGAGCCGGCAGAGCGGCGCGGGCCAGCUUCGGUGGCAGCGGGCGGCGCGGCUCCCCCUGAGGGGGCAAUGUCUAACGGGGUUUACGCCCUUCCGAGCGCGGCCAACGGAGAAGUGAAGCCCGUAGUGUCCAGCACACCUCUGGUGGACUUCUUGAUGCAGUUGGAGGAUUACACGCCUACGAUUCCGGAUGCAGUGACUGGUUACUACCUGAACCGUGCUGGCUUUGAAGCUUCAGACCCACGCAUAAUUCGGCUCAUCUCACUAGCUGCCCAGAAAUUCAUCUCAGAUAUUGCCAAUGAUGCCCUACAGCACUGCAAAAUGAAGGGUACAGCCUCUGGCAGCUCCCGGAGCAAGAGCAAGGAUCGCAAGUACACCCUAACCAUGGAGGACUUGACCCCUGCCCUCAGCGAGUAUGGCAUCAACGUGAAGAAGCCGCACUACUUCACCUGAGCCACCCAACCCAGAUGUAUUCCCUCUGUGCCCACACGAGCCUGUUUUCAUAAUAAACUUUAUUGUGACAGGC